AUGAAGUUCUUCAUUGACGAUCUGCCAGUGCUGUUUCCGUACGGGCGAAUCUAUCCUGAGCAAUAUGCAUACAUGUGCGAUCUCAAGAGGACGCUGGACGCCGGCGGCCACUGCGUCUUAGAAAUGCCCUCGGGAACUGGCAAGACCAUAUCCUUGCUCUCACUAAUUGUAGCCUAUCAGCAAUUCUACCCGGAGCACAGGAAGCUCAUCUAUUGCUCCCGUACCAUGUCCGAGAUUGAAAAGGCAUUGGCUGAGCUGAAGCGUCUGAUGAAAUACCGAACCGAGCAGCUGGGUCACGAGGAAGAGUUCCGCGGUCUCGGUCUGACAAGUCGAAAGAACCUCUGUCUACAUCCCUCGGUCAAACGAGAAAAAAGUGGCGCUGUCGUCGAUGCGCGGUGUCGAAGUCUGACAGCAGGCUUCGUGAGGGAGAAGAAAGAGAGGGGUGACGAUGUUGAAGUCUGCGUCUAUCAUGAUAACCUCGAUCUACUCGAGCCUCAUAAUCUGCUCCCACCAGGCGUCUUCACUCUAGAUGGACUAAUUCAAUACGGAGAACAGCACAAGCAGUGUCCCUACUUCUCAGCUCGACGCAUGAUGUCCUUUUGCAACGUCAUCAUUUAUUCUUAUCAUUAUCUCCUCGACCCCAAGAUCGCCGAGCGAGUAUCCAAAGAAUUGUCCAAGGAUUGUAUCGUGGUUUUCGACGAAGCUCACAAUAUUGACAAUGUCUGCAUCGAAUCACUGUCUAUAGACCUGACCGAAGACUCGUUGCGGAAAGCCACGAGAGGAGCCAACAACCUCGAGCGAAAGAUUGAGGAAAUGAAGGAUUCGGACGAGCAGAAGCUCCAGGACGAGUACUCGAAGCUGGUUGAGGGUCUACGCGAGGCGGAUGAAGCACGAGCUGAAGAUGCAUUUAUGGCAAACCCCACCUUACCGGACGAUCUGCUCAAAGAAGCAGUACCGGGCAACAUUCGUCGAGCAGAGCAUUUUGUGGCUUUCCUCAAGCGGUUCAUCGAAUACCUGAAGACGCGAAUGAAGGUGCUCUAUGUUAUCCAAGAAACCCCGCCCUCCUUCCUCGCUCAUCUCAAGGAGCUGACAUUCAUCGAGCGAAAGCCCCUUCGCUUCUGCGCCGAGCGUCUGACAUCGCUCGUACGCACUCUCGAGCUCACCAACAUCGAAGACUACCAGCCUCUUCAAGAAGUAGCGACCUUUGCCACCCUCGCUGCCACCUAUGAGACCGGCUUUCUUCUGAUCCUCGAGCCAUUUGAGACCGAGCAAGCCCAGGUCCCCAAUCCUAUUCUCCACUUUACUUGUCUCGAUGCCUCCAUUGCCAUUAAACCUGUGCUGGAGCGCUUCUCGUCCGUCAUCAUUACCUCUGGUACCAUCUCUCCCCUCGAAAUGUACCCCAAGAUGCUCAAUUUCAGCACCGUCCUCCAAGAAUCAUACCCCAUGUCACUGGCUCGCCGCUCGUUCCUCCCGUUAAUCAUUAGCAAAGGUUCCGACCAGCAAAAGAUAACAUCAUCCUUCGGACACCGAUCCGAUCCUGGCGUGGUCCGGAAUUAUGGCGCACUACUAUAUGAAUUCGCCAAGAUCACACCCGACGGCCUCGUGGUCUUCUUCCCCUCCUACCUUUACAUGGAAAUGAUCAUCUCCAUGUGGCAGGGAAUGGGCGUUCUCGACCAGAUCUGGCAGUACAAGCUUAUCCUCGUAGAGACGCCGGACGCACAAGAGACCUCCCUCGCGCUGGAAACCUACCGCACCGCUUGCGAGAAUGGUAAGGGCGCAAUCCUGCUUUGUGUCGCUCGUGGCAAAGUCUCGGAGGGUAUAGAUUUCGAUCACCACUAUGGGCGCUCGGUGCUGUGCUUGGGCGCGCCAUACCAGUAUACUGAGAGUCGUAUCCUGAAAGCGCGCUUAGAGUUUCUGAACGACGCCUACCGCAUCCCACCAAACGACUUUCUAUCUUUCGAUGCUAUGCGACACGCUGCACAAUGCCUAGGCCGAGUUCUUCGUGGCAAAGACGAUUACGGAGUGAUGGUUCUUGCCGAUAAUCGCUUCAUCAAACGACGCAAUCAAUUGCCAAGGUGGAUCUCUGAUGAGAUCCUCGACAACCACACGAACUUGAGCACAGAUGCAGCGGUGGGAAUGGCGCGCAAAUUUUUGCGAGGUAUCGCACAGCCACUCGAAAGUGUGAAGAAACCGACUGGAACUGGGGUGGAGGGCCUAAAGGGUAAAGAUAGCUGGAGCCUCGAAGAGCUGGAGAUUUGGCAGCGCGAGCAGGAUCGUAACAGAGGCCAGGGCGAUGUGGGUAGGGAGGGUGUUGGGGAGUGGGACUACAUGGCUGUGGACCAUAAGGAUAGCGAGUUAAAUGGUAAUGGCGUCCACACGAAUGGUCAUGACGCUGGCCGCGGCAGGAACUACGAGACUGGAGCAGGGACAGAUGAAUUUGGUGAAGAGGUGGCCGACGAAGACUUGAUGAUUGCAGAAGCAGCGAUCUAA